GUGCGCUGAACACAGCUCGUCAAACCCCUGUUUCUGUUUGUUGUUAUUCGCUUAACAUCCCCCCAGUCCUUCCUCUCUCAAGUGCUCGCGCAGGCCCGUCUCGCACUCCAUCCGCUUCGUGCACCCCAAGAUCUCGCUCUCUUCGUAUCUCUUCAUCCUUUUGACCACCCGAGUCCAAUAUGGACAGACUAGCAGCAAUGAGGGCCCAGCAAGGCGGAAAUCCAUACGUCCGUCAAAACGAUUCAUACGAGAUGUCGGAUGUCAAGGACAGCUCGACGAACCUGACUGCGCCCAUGGGUGGGGCUUCGGGCGAUGAUAUGUCUUCGUUCUAUUCCGAGAUUUCCUCUAUCCAGGAUGAGCUAAGAACCUUCAACGCCAAUGUUUCCAGAAUUGAUGAACUCCACUCCCGGUCACUCAACAAUACCGACGAGCUCGCCACUCAACGCAACAACGAGAUGCUUGAGGAGCUCAUAGCUGAUACUAGUGCACUAAGCGGAGCUCUCAAGCGCCGUAUCAAGGCUCUGGAGAGGCAGGGCGGAGCGGGCCGCGAUGGACAAAUUCGCAAGCAGCAGACGGCCUUAGUCAAGUCCAAAUUUGUCGAUGCCAUUCAAAGCUACCAGAUGGUGGAGCAGCAAUAUCGUCAGAAGUAUAAGCAGCGCAUGGAACGGCAAUUUAAGAUCGUUAAGCCCGAUGCUACUCCGGACGAGGUUAGGGCCAUUGUGAACGACGAGAGCGGUGGUCAGAUCUUCAGCCAAGCGCUUAUGAACUCAAAUCGCUAUGGCGAUUCGCGGGCAGCAUACCAAGAAGUGCAAGAACGGCACCAAGAUAUCAAGCGCAUCGAGCAGACAAUCGCCGAAUUAGCACAACUCUUCAACGAUAUGAGCGUUCUCGUCGAACAGCAAGACGAGCAAAUCAACACCAUUGAGGCUACGGCCACGGACGUGGAGAAGGACAUGGAAGCCGGUCUGGGCCACACUGUGAAGGCUGUUGAUUCGGCCCGUUCGGCGCGCAAGAAGCGAUGGAUUUGCUUCAUAUUGACUGUCAUUAUCCUCAUUAUCAUCGCAAUCAUCGUGGUAGUUGUCAUAAAAAACAAUAGCAACAGUGGCAAGUAAUCACAGCCUCACCUAUGUCAUUUACCAGUGAUUCUUUCGAUAUCCCUAGCGUUCAUCUAACUUACUUUUCCUCAUCUUAUACGUGAUUUACCCCUUUUCUUUCUAUCAACACAAUCGUGUUAGAUAUCUGAAUUGUCGAAACACGGACCACACUAGUCAUUGAUACCGGAUUUCUCUUGGUUACUUUUAUCUAAGGACAAAAUUUAGGUGUCGUUCAGUCGUCAAUAAACUCCAAGUCUUAAGGGUAUCAGACUAUGUCUUCUACACCCUCUUCAACGCAUUGAUGCCACAGAAGCAUACAUAGGCGAGGGCAGCAACUGAUACAUAGAUGAUAACACGCCCGUUGAAGUCGUUCUCAGUGAGGAAGGGGUAAGGAAAUGAGCCAUUGAACAUCGCACACCAUUCUGCCCAGCUGGCAUACCAUAUAGUAGAAACCAAGACGACCAGAGGUGCCACACCCUUUACCUGUUUCGCAGGGUAUCUCUUUUCAAAGGCAAAGAAGUCGAUGAGAAGGGAGAUCAAUGGAGAAGCGUGUAAAGCGAGGUCGACAUUAAGUGGAAUCCUCAAGAGCUCGGGAACAGCCUCAGACGAGGGCUCCUGUUCCGUAGACAUCUUUUGGAGAAUGAGCGAAGGGAACAAGAGGAGUAAUGUCCAGUAUAUCGAAGAGAUGACAAAUGCCAGGGGAAGGGCUAUCAUUAGCAAGGUCCUCUUGAGGACUCGGGCCCCAUUGCCCAUCGGCAGAACGUCACAAACUAGGCUUACGACCAUGGUGAGCCAUGCUACCGCAAGUCCUUGAAUCGUCAAGUACUGGAAGUGACCGCCCUUCUGUGUAAUGAUGAAGUUGUUUACUGGCAGUGAGUGAAGGGCUAGAAAGCCAUAGGCCAUGAUCGCAGCAGCAGAUCCGUGUAGCAAGGAGGGUGCCAGUGGAAUACUCAUUGUUAUGCUGCAAUGAUAUCACUGAGGUUAGUGAAAAGCAACUUAAAAG